UAGUGAGGUGUUGAUCAGUGUUGUGUCAACACAGCUGGUGGAGUGUCAGGUGGUCAGUCAGCUGGCUCCAGGACCACCUUACCCACCAUGACUGACACUAAACAUGAUGAUAAUAUCUUAUAUGAGCUGCUGGUUCACGCGGAGUGGCCAUUAGAACAAGAAAUAAUAGGAGGUGGUGCAAUUAGUCUUGGUGGGAAUUUCUUCUAUCGAACAGUCACCCAGACUCCGGCAAAUAUCUGGGCACUUGCAUCUUCACUCUGGACAUAUGUUAAACCUCCACCAGCUCUUUCUCCAAGUUUAGCCAAACUAGUUGGAGGACGUUCAGGAUGGCAGCUUGGUGUGGGUGCUCAAGGAGCUGUUGUGGCCAUUGUACAGGCUGCCACUCUGGAGAUUCGUGCCAAAAAAGAUGACUUUGCAUCUGUUGUUGGCAGGAAUACUAAUUUGUUUGUUGACCCGUUCCCAUCAUGGCGCCGUGUAGCUUGGUCUGCAGACUGUUCUAUGGUUGGUGUAUCAUACAGCUCUGGUACUGUUGAGAUUUUUAACACACUAGGGACAUCUAUCUUCACUAUCUACCCUCCAAGGUACCGUGAAGGCGCACCACAGAUCGAUGCCAGCAAUGCUCUUGCUGCACUUGUCUUCUCAGAUAUUCGAACUCAAAAGAAUAAGUGGGCCGCAGAGUUAAUAUUGGUGGACUAUAAAGGAAUUGUUCGAAAUUAUUUUGUCUCUCCAACUGAAGGUUAUCAAGAGAGCCAUGUCUUCUCCUUCAGCAAGGUGUAUCCAAGUGGCAUUACUGCAGCUACCAGUCAUCAGAACCUGGUGAUAGUGGCUGGUUCUUGUGAGUUUAUGGAUGACACCAACCUUAAGAAUAAUGGCCUUGGUCAUGGCAUUACUGUAUGGCGCAUGGUAAAUGAUUACCCAUUCUAUAAACAGGUAGCAACAGUUAAUGAAGAAGAAUACGUGCCACCCAGUGUUGGUCUGUGGAAGCGUUUAAUGGGGCGCCGAUCAGUGCCUCAUCAUGAUUACAUUUUCCAAAUGUGCAUUUCCCCCUCUUGUCAUCAACUAGCCACAUUGCAUACCUCUGGCAGCCUCUCUAUUUGGGAACUUCCAUCCUUGCGGAAAAAAAAAUUUUGGCACCUAUCCUUGCAGCCACAUUACGAUGCUGUAAAUCCAUCCUCGUCUGAGUAUAUCCCAUGCCAGAAGCAGCGGCUCCUUCAUUAUACAGGGCCUUUAAAGAAUCACCCAGCAGAUCUUAGUUGGUGGUCAGAUGCAGCUGUGAUCAUAGCACGGUAUUCUGGAGCAGUGACUGUUAGCUCGGUUAACUCAUUAAGGAAUUUGCUUGGAGAAUCACCAGAGUUUCUUGAGGGUGUACCACAGAUAAGUGAGGCGUAUGAUCGAGGAUUUCUCUGUUUGGAGGUAGAAAGUCGGGUGAACACAAAGCGCUUAUUAACCACUUCUAAUGAAGGUUCUGAUGAGGAGGAGUAUGUAGAUUCAGAUGAGGAAGAGGAGUACUCCUUUAUUCAGAGAUCCAGUCGCCUAGCUAAGAGUGCCCUGUAUUGGGUCACAGAUGCAGAGAGAUUUCGACCUCCAAGCAAGAGAUCCAAAAUUGUGCAGAGAACUUUUCGUUUGUUGUGUCUGAAGAGUACGACUCCCGAAGAACUAUUUGCUCGCAAGAUUGAAAAUGAAGAAUACGGAGAAGCACUGGCACUUGCUAACAGCUAUAACCUUGACUGUGAUCGAGUGUAUCAACAACAGUGGCGGAGAAGUUCAGUCACUGUCGCCUCUAUACAAGAUUAUCUUGCCAAGAUUCGCAAAAGGUCUUGGGUCCUGGCAGAAUGUGUGAGCCGUGUUCCAGAAAAUAUUGAUGCUGCACGUGAGCUGUUAAUGUAUGGUCUUCGAGGGACAGAUCUUGAGGCAAUCAUUGCUAUUGGUAAUGAAACUGACAAUGAAGAAUUCAUUGUGUGUGAUUCUAACCUGGAUUAUGAUGAAGGACUUGAUGUAGACCCUAGUGAAUAUGAGGUCAGAGCCCAAGAGAGAGAAGCUAAAGAGCUCAAGAGGAAGCAUGAACUUCUUAUGCAGCUUGACAUGAAGAACUUGACAUCAGAACAGAAAAAUGUGAUAAGGGCUCGACAAAAAUUGCUGACUUAUCUGGAUCGAUUAGCUACAUAUGAGGUACUUCUUGGUGGUGCUCACAUUGCACCUGAACAUUAUGAUGUAUCAUUCUUUGACAAGUUUCGCAGCCAGUCAGCCAUCUCUGCUACAAUAGAGUUUGCCCGCAACUAUGACUGGCGUGGUGUUGAUGCCAUGUUCACUUAUCAUGGUGGAGAGACUUUGCCCCAUCGUCUAGCUGUUUUAUCAAGCUUUCCACCAACUAUGGGACCUUUCGAAUACAGGUCAUUAUUACCUGAGUGUGAGGAUGAUGAGGUGUUUUUGUGGGAGCAAGAGCAGUUACGAGAUGAAGAUUGGUGUGAGGAUCCUAUAUGCAGGGAAGCAGUAAAUUGGGGGGAGGGAGAUCCAGCCAGUUUCUUAUACACAGAGCAUCCCAGUUUGGAAAAGUUUCGAGGGGUGAACCUUACAAAUGAAAUGGUCAGUGAGUGGUAUCAGGAACGUGCUCGAGAGAUAGAAAGUUGUAGCCACUUUGUUGAUGCUGCAUUAGACCUUCUGAAACUAGGGCGGGAGAGAGGUGUUGAGAAUCUGGAGGAACUGCAUGACACACUAGAUUCCUUAGAAGUGCUAGUGUAUGAAGUCGGCCUCACCUCCAUGACCCUUGAAAAAUAUUCCAAACUCUCCGAUGAUGAGAAAAUUGUGCAACUCUUGUCAACAAGCACUCCUGAAACCUACAUCCAAAAUAUUCGUCGGUGGCUUCUUCCUUUCCUUGCUCGGUGUGAGAAGUGGCAUCCAGGCAGUGCUAGGUCACUUCUGCGGACCUAUGUAGUAAAUACAGCCAAACAAGACCUCCGUCUACCAUUGAAGAUAUUGCAACAUUCUCGCCCUGAUCAGCACUCUGGGAUCAUUACAUCUGCAGAAGACAUGAUGACUAUUGCAAUUGAUUGUGUAUAUGCUUGUGAAAAAGAGAACCAGCUUCCUCGAGCUUUUGCUAUUCUAGAAUGCCUUCCAGAAAGAGAGUCUGGAUCAGAGUGCACAGAGACCCUGGCCAAGCUGCAUGACCUGGCUGACACUCUGGAAGCUCACCUCACAGCUGCAGAGCUGCUCAGCAACAAUGGUGUCAGUAUUACUCCUUGUCAGCUCCGCAAGUUAGAAUCUGACCCAGAUAAAGUACGAGAAGUACUAACCAAGCUUACAAGGGCAGCUGCCAGAAGAGAGCCCAGACUUUCUGAUGAGGACUGGCGGAAAUUGCUGUAUGACAUGCUAGAGCUGCAGCAAAAAGUGUUUACAUGUGUGGAACCACAGUUGUGCUCUGAGGUUAGUGUCAUUCUACAGUGGUCAAGGAUACAACCUGACUUACAGAAUUGUUUUAUACAAAGCAUAUAUACCAGACUACUAUAUUUCUUUCUCAGGCAAUGUCUUCGUUUGAUUGAAUCAGAAAAUGAGGACAUCAAAAGAGAGAAGGAUCUCAUCUCAGCACUUCAAAUGCUGCCAGAAUUUGGUAUCCAUAAACUUCCUCUCCAAGUUCGGCUGUGUGAAGAUCGCCUAGGCCUAAUAGAGGAAGGCUUAAAUGUGAAGAAGGGAAGUUAUCGCCAUGGUUCUCGCCUGGUGCAACUUGCCACCUUGUUACGAGUUUGUGGAACAGAUACUCGAAUGAGGCAAGCAAAGGUCCUCACCCUUGUCGCUCAGGCAGCUCUUAAGGCUGGUGACUACGUUGUUGCAAGCAGUGUGUGCGAGCAGCUGGUGUCAGGUGGUCACCGUGAGGGCUGGGUGGUGUGCGAGCAGCUGGGUAGAGCUCACCAGUAUGCCAAUCUUGCUGCCAGGGCCAGAUUUCUUAAUUUUGCACUCACCUAUGCCACUCCCAGUCAUUUGGAAACCCUUCUGAAUGCCAGGAAUGAAGUAGAAAUGGCAAUGUUGUAUGCCAAAGUCAACACCCAGAUGGAUACUGAAGACACCACUGGAGACUCUGAUGAUGGUUUUGUUGAUGCCAAAUCACAUCAAAUGGACGAAGAUGAGGAUGAGGAAGAUGGAGAGAAAGACAGUUCGGAUGAAAUGGAUGAAAAUAAGGGACUGUUACAAGGCACCUUGGGGGUGACUCGUUCAGUUUUGGCUGUUACAGCAUCCACUACAUCUAACUUGGUUACCAGUGUGGCAUCUAAACAGUUUUGGAGAGCAGCAAUAAACUGGAUGCAACCACUUCAUGAGCUGUCUUCACGUGGGGAGAAUGAUCAGCUUGUUGAAGACACCAAUGUUGAUUUUAAGCAGCAGGGUUGUCAUGCAUUCUAUGCUGACAUUAUUCCUGAUCACCAUAUUAGCUCUAUUGGUGCAAGCUACAAGAGUUAUGCACUACCCACCAUUACUAAUCCUGCCCUUGAGUUCUCCUUGGCUCUCUUGCGCAUUGCUCUUAUAGAAGAGACACUCACCCAGGGCAAGACAAUUAAGACAAAUAAGACAGUGGUGGCUGAGGUUGCACGUGGAAUACUGCGAGAAGACUUGUCUCUUGGGUUUACUCUGCUGUUAAUGUUGCAGCAGCCUGAGGAUGCUGCAGCUGUAUUAUCUAGUCUUCCAUGCACUGACAUCUCAUUACAGAUGACCCAGUAUUAUUAUGCUCUACGAAUAUUCACAAGUCUUCACCCAUGGACCGAGCCAUGUAUUGCUCCAGUGUUCCUUCACGAUCCAGCAGAUGUUAUUGCCCAAGUUUCUAGCAUUAUUGAGUCCUUAAAUGUUUCAGAACUUGCUGUAGAAUUAAAACAGUUAAUACAAUUAUUCCAGAGCACUCAGGAGCUUGUAUCAGACUAUGUACAGGGCCAGGCUCUCCAACGACUUGGUGCUGGAGUAGACAUUGAUAGAUUUUUAACAGAUCCUAGCUAUAAAGAGGACACAGUUCUCGGCCUGGCUAUGACACUGGACAAUGAAGUUUUAGAGUUGGCUCUCACGUUGGCCAAGAAGUAUGAGGUGUCACUCUGGCAGGUGUAUAUGACUCAUUUACAACACCUCUUUGACUCUGAAAUUACUACUGCAGAACUUAGGAAACAUAUAACCGAAAAAGAUAUGAUUCAAACCCUUGGCAAGGAACCAAAGGAGUUUGUGUCUCGCAUGGAACAAAAUGUCUUACUGACGGUGAAUGGUUGUGACCAUGAACGGCUACUCCUCUACUAUUCUUUGAUUGAGCAGUGUGGUGGCAAAGAACCAGAAAGUAAGGUGGCCCCAUCCCAUGUUAAACUCCUAAAAAAACUUAAAGGCUCAGCAGAGGGCCUGAAUUAUAAAUUACUUUUAAAGCCCAACUCUGAUGUUUUGGCUAUCCUUCGUCCAGUUCUGACUGCUGAAAAUGUGAAUAACCUUGCUAAAGUUGCAAAAAAUGUACCAUGCAAAGAAGGAGCUGGCAUUGAGCCAAGUACUGUUUAUUGUGCCUGGGCUCAAAAGUAUUUUUUUGAAAGUCCAUCUGGUAAAAAGCCCAAGACUUCCAGUGACUGGAUUCACAGAUAUGAGUUAUGUGGAGAGUACAUGCAGAAAAUGAACCCUCCUGAUAUUGUCAACUUUGUGAAUCAACUUGUUCUGUCUGACAUGGGAGCUCAGAUGGUGCCGUUAGAGGCCAGGAUAGAGUUCACUCGCAGAGCUGUUAAGUUUUGCAAGCAGCAGCAAAGCAAGCAGAAGUUUACUGAGGAAGAAGGAUGGAUGUUAGCUGAUGAUGGUCAAGGUUGGCAAGAGGCAUUACAAGAAGUAGAACGGUGGGGAACUCAUCUAGAGCUUCUAUGCUCCAGUACAUUCCAAAAGCUGAAAAAGAGUAAGGAUCCAAAACUUAGGAGUUAUGCCAACAGGUUUGCCCAGACUGGCAGCAGUGAACCUCUGCUAUGGGAGCUGUCACUAUCAGUGCUGCUAGAGGGAUCAAACUUGGAUGUUUUGCAAGAAGUGCUGAGUGUUUACCCUGAGGGCUCCACUAGUACACCUGAAGAUGUUGUAAUGGACACACUAAGGCUCUUGAUCUCACAUUGGAAGGGCCAUGAUACACAGGUGAAUUUAACACUUGAAGAUCAUAAUCCCCUGAGAAUCUAUGAUCAUGUUCUCCGUCAAGUGCAUAACUACAUAGAGGAAGGUGGCGAACUACUGACAGAGGACGAGGUUCUUGAAGAAGUUCAUAGCUUAUGUGAUGAUUCUUCUGUGCUUCUUGCUACCAAAGUUGAAGUGUUAACCAUAACAGAAAAGCAUUUAUCACUGAACAAUGAAGAUAUGCAGCUUUUGCGAGUUAUGCGCACUGGUGGAGUGGUGGCUGGUGCAUGGCCUAAAGAGCAGAGUCUAACAGUAGAGCAAGAUCAACUGGUCUCCAGUGAGACAAGAGCAACUCUUCUGUCCUUACUCUUAGCUCACACCAGCACCAUACAACAAGCAGAGGCUCUGGUAGAGCUGCUCAAACUUUGGCCACCAUUUAAUGAAGAGGUAUAUAUGGAUAUAUUGACCAAUCCAUGGCUAGCAGUGCUUAACAAGAUAUUAGAUAUAACUGAAAAAAAUCCAUCAUCUAGUUUAGAUAUUAUAUGGGAAGCAUCUCAAGAUGCAUUUGGUCUAAACCAGUUGCCCAAUGGAUGUCUGUGUGUGUUGGUUAAGAAACUUCAAAAUCUGGGACGAGUGGCUAUCAAAUGCAGCUCUAAAGUUGCCCUGCUUUCAGAUGAUGCCACAGUCUAUGGUGCUGUGAUAGACAACAUGGAAUCCAUCAAAGAGGUGAAGAAAUCUGACUACGAUGGAGAUUUAAUUUGCUCAGUGAUCUCACACGAGUUGGUGCCCAUGUGUCUACCCACGCCACUAUAUGGACCACUUGUUGCUCACUUAAUGGAGACUGGGGACAAGGCAAUGUUUGAUGUCUGCAGUUAG